AUGCAUCUUGAUCACAAGAUCCCAUGGCACCUGAUUGCUCCCCAUUUCUCUCUCACUCCUGCCGAACAAGAAGGCAACUAUAGCCUAGCUACGCUGGAAUUGCCUGAGCAGCAAGCGGUUAUCGGCCACUUUAGUCGCAUGUUCCUGACAACAAUCAGAGAAUUCUCCGCCACAGAGACCACAAAGAUUGACUCAGCACCAGUCAGUGGAAAACUGUUUUCCGAUAAUGUUCUCUAUUACGCUGAGCGGCACUUUGGUCUUGAGCCUCAUGAGGAUAACUCCGCACUACAUAACCCGCUGAAGCCGUCGCAUCAAGAUCUCGAAUAUUGGAAACGCCGAGCGAAAGAUCCCGAAAGCGACUAUGAGCCUUGCUAUACCACCGCCGAUGCCAACCUGGCCGACGCAGCCAAGAUGCUAGUCAUUGUCGCUGCUACAGCUGACAACAAGACCACCCGGCGUGAGGCGUUAUCAGCGCUUGUCCGCCUUGCCAAAGAGGUGCCUUUAUCAAACCUACGAGGUCUCCAUUGGGGUCACGCCUUCGGACUCGAUCUCGUCGUAAGCGUGGCGCUGCAGAUGUACAUAUACCUAAACCUCAUUGAAGCUGUCGAGUCUCGGGCAGCUGAACGAGUGCCGUUGCUAUCAGUUGACAAUUUUCUGACAUUUUUGAGUAACCAUGCCCUUGAGAAUUAUGAUUUCCCCGCGCAGAAUAUUCCGCAUCGAGACUUUUGGUUUUCUCUUGGGGUUACUGAGUCGUGGGUUGCUGGCCGGCGCAACGGCACUCUUGAAAGGGACAUGCCGGUUAUCGACCCGUUGGCAGAUGGAUCGGAUGAAGUUCAGCAGAAGGCGAGAGAGGGAUUGAGGAAGUACUUGAAGGACUGUUUUGCGAUUUUCCGACCGUAUGCUUUGGCCCUUCUUCUGCCCCCUCUGCGUCAUUUCUGUGCCUCUGAAAUUAUGAUUCCAGCUUGGCCUACAGCGCAGGUUGAAAAUGAGGCUGGAGAACUUUCAUCAUCGACCUUGGACGGAGACUUGAGAGCCUUGGCUCAUGACAGCAUUAAUCCUUGGAUUGAGGCCUACGUUGGGAGCGAAGGUGACACUGCUGUUCGACUUGUCAAUACUGGAGAUCUAUCAGAAGACAAUAGAAAGUCGCUAUACACAAUAUUGAGCUAUCGAUGGGGAUCGUCAAAUGAUUCAGCUCGAACCACAAGUCAGAACCUACGAGAAAGACUCAGUGUCAUAAAGCCGCACAGCUUGCCGAAGACAAUCAGGGAUGCAAUCAUACUUACCCAGUUGAUGAAGAUUCGGUAUCUUUGGGUUGAUGCCCUCUGUAUCCUCCAAUCUGAUAGAGAUGUCGGUGAUGGAAAGGACGAGGAGGCAAAUCUCGACUGGGUAAGGGAGUCGGCAUGCAUGGCAUCAUACUACGCCAACUCUGUUUGUUGCAUCGCCGCCUCAAACGCAAAAGAUAGCUCUGAGGGAAUACUAUCUGAAAGGCGAAUAGCACGAUAUGGGAAGUGGUACAACCCACCGAAUGUCUUCAUACAGUCUCCUUACACUUCUCGACGAAGGGUUCCGAGUUUGCUACUCGAUCGAGGAUGGUGUCUCCAAGAAUGGCUCAUUUCACCUCGUGUUAUGCACUGGACGACUCAUGGUCUGGUCUGGGAAUGCUCGGAAGGAUUCUUCUGGGAGGGCGAAGCAGGAUUCAAAAGAGAGCUCCGAGAAUCUUUCCCAGACGAUCCGCAUUAUUGGUAUCAUCGCGAAAGAAGUCACUCUCUGUUUAUGACUGUCUUGACGGAGGAUCACGAGCAAUUGUUAGCUCUUAUGGUACGUUCUGAAGAACGGGUGGAUUUGGGACAGUGCUGGAUGGCAUUAAUCACACAGUACUCCCAUAUGCAUCUAUCAUUUUCCAGUGACAAACUGGCAGCCAUUCAAGGGAUUGCAAGCCUUUUAUCACGGCGUCACGGCGUCGAUUAUUUCGCAGGUAUUUUCCGAUUGCCAGUUAUGAUUCACUUGUUCUGGAGGCCUGUUGACCCACAGAGCUCGUCGUUUGACUGUGAAAACUUUCCCUCAUGGUCAUGGAUGUCGUCAAAUGGAGGGGUUUACUUCGAGAUGACUAGCACUGACUCAAGUGGAUCGUUCUUGGAGAAGUUUAAACCAUUUCCCUCGACGCAGCAUGAAAAGGAUCUUGUUCGUAUAACAAACAAGGCACUUCGAUUCACAGCCCCAUUGAUGAAGAUUGAUGGUAUGGACCUGGGUGAGCCAAAGAACCCACAGCCAGAGCGCCAUGUGGGACCUGGGGCACCUCUUCUGCAAGGAUGGCAUUUAGUCAUUGAUCUGGACAGUGUGGCAUCUUCUGCCUCUUUGAAGAGCGACGGAUACUUGCUAUUUGUUUCUCACGAUUUACUUGCCGAAAGCUGCUAUGGGCUUGUUGUACAGAUGGUCGAGGGAGAUGGCAGAAGGAAUGGUUACCAAGAUCUCCCACUACCAUCCAGCCAACCGAGGCUCCUGGCUAUGCUACCUACUGCGACUCUCUCGAGGAAUACUACGCGGCUUGCUCGGAGGCUGGGAUCACUGCGUUCACGAGUACUCUUUGAUCGCAAGAAGUCUUAUCAGAGAAUCGGCGUUUUCUCAGCAACAAGAACUGAGGGCUGUCAACAGGAGCAACCAGAUAUAAAGAAAUACGCAAGGCAGAUUGUCUUAGUUUAG